GGAGAAAAUCCACUGAGGACCCACAGCCUCACCAGGAAUCGCAAUGAAGGAUCGCACUCAGGAGUUAAGAAGUGCCAAAGACAGUGAUGAUGAGGAAGAGGUGGUACAUGUGGAUCGAGACCAUUUCAUGGAUGAAUUCUUUGAGCAGGUAGAGGAAAUCCGUGGCUGCAUUGAGAAGCUCUCGGAGGAUGUGGAGCUGGUGAAGAAGCAGCACAGUGCCAUCUUGGCUGCCCCCAACCCAGAUGAGAAAACCAAGCAGGAAUUGGAGGACCUCACAGCUGACAUCAAGAAGACUGCCAACAAGGUGCGCUCCAAGUUAAAAGCGAUUGAGCAGGGAAUUGAGCAGGAAGAGGUACAGAACCGAUCCUCAGCUGACUUGAGAAUCCGGAAAACACAGCAUUCAACCCUAUCUCGCAAGUUUGUGGAGGUGAUGACGGAAUACAACACAACUCAGUCUAAAUAUCGAGAUCGAUGCAAAGACCGUAUCCAGAGGCAGCUGGAGAUAACUGGCAGGACAACAACCAAUGAAGAGUUAGAAGACAUGCUAGAGAGUGGCAAGUUGGCGAUUUUCACUGACGAUAUCAAAAUGGACUCACAGAUGACAAAGCAGGCCCUGAACGAGAUCGAAACCCGGCACAACGAGAUAAUCAAACUGGAAACCAGCAUUCGGGAGCUCCAUGACAUGUUUGUGGACAUGGCUAUGUUGGUCGAGAGUCAGGGUGAGAUGAUUGACCGCAUCGAGUACAAUGUUGAGCACUCUGUGGAUUAUGUGGAAAGAGCCGUCUCUGACACCAAGAAAGCUGUAAAAUACCAGAGCAAGGCUCGAAGGACAGAGGAAGGCCUGCAACCUCUGUUGCUUUCACAGCAAAAUAUAAUGACCACCAAUGUAGAGAAGUGA